CCUAAAAUCUCUCCCCUCCUUUUUGUCCCUAAACCCUCACAGACACAAAAACCAGUAGAGUUAUCACUGCCAAUGGCGGCAUUUGAGUUUGUUGAGAAUCUAAACGACGUCGCAUUGAAGCCCAGACUCCUUGUUUCGCUCAUCAGAGAACACAUUCCCGACGAGAAACAGCAGUUACGGAAUUCAUUAGUCCUGUCUCGCGUUGUAUCUGAAAUCAAAACUCAUGAAUUGUUAUCCGAACGCGUACCUCAAUCUGCUGCUGACAAUAACAAAUUUAUCGAAAAAUGGAAAUCCGCCGUCGAUUUGUGGAUUGAUCGUGUCCUUAUGCUCGUCUCCAGUAACAUGCCGGAUAAGUGCUGGGCCGGAAUUUGUUUGUUAGGGCUGACUUGUGAAGAAUGCAGUUCCGAGAGGUUCCUUGCAUCUUACUCUGUUUGGUUUCAGAAGUUGCUUUCACAUCUACAGCCUCUUGCAGAGUCUCACUUUGUGAAGAUUGCUUGUUGUGUUUCAUUGUCGGACCUUCUUACAAGGCUGGGUGGGUUUCCAAAUAUGAAGAGAGAUGGAGCUUCAAGUGCUGCAAAACUUUUUCAACCAGUUUUAAAGCUGAUGAAUGAGGAUAGCUCAGAUGCUGAAGGAGCUGUUAAUUUGUUAUGCACUAUUUUGAAUUUGUUCCCAUCUUCUCUCCAGAAGAACUAUGAUUCUGCUGAAGCUGCUAUUGUCACAAAGCUUAUGUCUGGGAAAUGCAAUACUAUCAUGUUGAAGAAACUUGCUCUUUGCUUAUCUCUACUUCCUAAAUCAAGAGGGGACGAAGACAGCUGGUUUUUGAUGAUGCAAAAGGUCUUACUAGCUAUUAAUGUUCUUCUGAAUGACUCAUUUCAAGGUUUAGAAGAGGAAACUGCAACCCGUGAAACCAUGCGGGCAUUAGUCUUUUCAGGAAAAGAUCCUCCUACCCCCCUUGGAGGGCUUACAAUAUUCGACAUCUCUAACAAGGAAACAAUGCCAGAACGACUAGCUAUACCUAGUGUAUCUGCACUUAUGCUUUGCUGCUAUACAAUGCUUACAACUUAUUAUCCUGUUCAGGUUAAAGCUCCUGUUAAGCCAUUAUUAAUGCUUGCUGGAAGAGUGCUGAUGGUGGAUGGAUCCAUGCCACCCACCUUGUACCCCUCUAUUACUGCAAUGCAUCAGGAAUAUAUAUGUUCUGAACUUCCGUUGCUGCAUGCACACAGUUUGGAUAUCCUAUCUGGUAUUAUCAAGAAAGCAUGCAGUCAACUGUUACCACACACAGCACAGAUUAUCCGAAUUGUAAUGGAGUAUCUUGGGCGAUGUGAACUACCCGGACUAAGGGUAAAGCUCUAUGCUCUCAUAAAGUUGAUGCUGAUGUCCAUGGGAGUUGGGAUGACAAUAUUCAUAGCUGAAGAUGUCGUACGAAGUGCUUCUGCUGAUCUGGAUUUAAGAGUCGGUGCUGAAGCAGGUUCUAGUUUGGUUGUAAAGACUUCUGAUGCAUUGCCAAAGUCCAUACAAAAGAAAAGGAAAUAUGAAAUGUCACUUACACCUCCUAAAGUUCAGUCUCCAACUAUCUGUUCCCGUAGUAACCCCGUUUCCGUGAAGAUUGCCGCACUUGAAGUAUUAGAAAUGCUUCUCACUGUGGGUGGUUCAUUGAAAACUGACAGAUGGCGAUCAGAUAUAGACUUGCUUCUUGUUAAUGUAGCUACAGAUGCUUGUAAAGGUGGAUGGACAAAACCAACAACUGAUUUUAACAACCCGCAUAACAGUAACUCUAGUUGGGCUGAUUUUCAACUUGCUUCUUUACGUGCUCUUUUGGCGUCCCUUCUUUCCCCUGGACUUAUUCGUGCUCCAUCUUUGGCUCAGGGCCUUGAGCUUUUCCGUAAAGGUAAGCAAGAAGCAGGAACAAAAGUUGCAGAGUUCUGUGCACAUGCUUUACUGGCUUUGGAACUUCUAAUACAUCCCCGAGCCCUACCAUUGAUAGAUUUUGGAUCCUCCAUUGAGUAUCCUGUCAAUGGAAAUAAAAGCAGGUUUAUGGAGAACAUCACCAACUCUGGUCCUCAGCAACACAACAAUAACAUGUUUAGAAAUAAACCUGACACCCCUGAAUCAGAAGAGGAUGAUCUUUAUAAUAAAUGGGUAAGGGAAAAUGAUGAUAAUGAACCCCCUGUAACUCUGCCGGAAAAGAACACAUUUACAAAUGAAACUGCACAACAAUCAGUAGAAAAGAUUGUAUCUAUUGAUGGCCCCUCUGGUACAGAACCGUCUGAAGAUAAGGGAAAGGGGAUUUUGGUUGAGACACGAUCAGCUGAAAUAUUUAAUAAGAAUUCUGAAAUUCUAAGUCAAAAAGUUGACAUUUAUGAACCUGACGAUAUGGGAACCAGUGAUCUGGAGACCAAAGGUAAAGCACCUGUCUCAGGUUCAAAUGUAGCCAUGGAUGUUAUGUUUAGUUUAGGUGAUAACGACGAUUCGAUGGAUGACUUUCCUGAUAUCGUUGAUAUUGAACCAGACUCUGAUGAGGAUUAGGAUCAAGUUGCCUAACUUUUGAUAGAAAUCUAGAGUGGUAGGAUGUCUUGAGAAGGGGGAAUCAUAGGCCUCUUCAAUCUAGUGGUGAAAUUGUAGAGCAUUCCCAUACUCUAGUCAAGUUAUACCGAGGGCUUGGAUAAUGAUAUAUGGUUAUGGGGUUAGUUAAAGCUUUGUCUAUGAGGUUAUACUUGUGUUUAGAUAACAACUUUGUUUUCUCCAAUUUUGUAUCGUUCAUAGAAAUAUGAUCCACAGAUGACAGAUGUAAGAAUGCUUGUUUUAAAUACUUGAUUCCAUCUUAAUUGUCUAAA